AUGGGCGCGGGCGCCUUUAUCGAACCGCUUGUUGUUGUCAGCCUUCUGUUCGGCGGCACCUGGCUGAAUCGCAACCCGGACUAUCGCCUCUUCGCCUCAUCCCGGCCCCACCGCCGCAGCAAGCAUGUACGCAGCGGCUCGCCAGACAGCAUCGAGUCGGGCUUUGAGAGCCCCACGGACGCCGACGGUCUUCUCUCCCCGCGCGCCAGCUCGCCCUCUCUGCUGUCCGCCGACAAGCAGCCCAAGCGGCGGCAACGUGAGCUGCGCCUGCUGGGAUUCCGAACCACAGUGACGUCGCCAAACACGCGUGUCUUCCAGGAUCGGUUCCUCAGCCGCUUACUGCAAAAGUUCCCGUUCCUGGUUGAAGCUUGGUACUGGGCUCUGAUCUACUGGGUCUACCAAUUGGGCCGCGCGUUCACGGCACUGACGCUGGUCGAGGAUACUGUCAAUGUCGCCCGCAAGCAUGCGCUGCAACUCAUCCACAUCGAGCAGAAGCUGCACAUCUUCUGGGAGCUGCCCGUGCAGCACUUCUUCUUACAGUACCCCACGCUUAUGACCUGGAUCAACCGCAUCUACUCCUUCAUUCACAUCCCAGGCACCAUCCUUUUCCUCGUCUGGCUGUAUUACUUCACCACCACCCGCAACCGCUUGAACGAGCGCCAGCUCGGCAAGCCCGCCGGCAGCAUCGAGGGUAGCCCUGCUGGACCUGCCCUCUAUGAAGCCAGGAGACGCACCAUGGCCGUCUGCAACCUGAUUGCCUUCAUCGUCUUCACGCUCUGGCCGUGCAUGCCCCCACGCCUGCUCAGCGACAAAAACGUCAAGGGGCCGGUUGGUGACGAGGCCCGCAAGUUCGGCUUUGUCGACACCGUUCACGGCGAAGGGGGUGAAAGCAGCGUCUGGACGCAGAACAAGUUCUGCAACCAAUACGCCGCCAUGCCGUCCCUACACUUCGGCUACUCGCUGCUCAUCGGCCUCACCAUCCUCACCAUCCCGCUGCCGCCGCACCAGCGCCGCGGGCUGUCCAUCCGCCUCACCAACAGCCUCAGCUUGCGCCUGCCAAGCCUGCGCCGCACGCUGAGCAUCGUCGUCGGCGUCGCCUACCCGCUGACCAUUCUCGUCGCCAUCGUCGCUACUGCCAACCACUUCAUCCUCGACGCCGUCGCCGGCGCGAUCGUGUGCGGAUUGGCGUGGACGGGCAACGGUGUGUUGCUGAACUUGAUGCCGUUGGAGGAUUGGUUCUUGUGGUGCGUGCGCAUCCACAAGCCGGAGAGUAAAACAGUGAAGUGGAUGGAGGGAGGAGAGGACGACGAAGAGUGGGUUGUUGGAAAGGGUGUGUUGCCGUGA